AUGGAUUGGCACCAUAUCAUCCUUGUAUUCCUGGUGAUUCUUUUGACGCAGUGCAGCAAUCACACGGUCAGAUGUGGCAUGGUCAUAACAGAUGUACGUCUUGUUGAUGGUCCAACGUCCAAUAAAGGCUCGGUUGAGAUCAGGCAAGACAAUGGAUCAUGGGAGACAACAUGUGGAGUAAACCUUGGUUUCAAUGACCUCAUUGUCAUCUGCAGACACUUGGGAUUCACAGGAGCAAGCAGAGCAAUAACAAACACACCUUAUGGACAGAGUUCAACUCCUACCAGAGGGCUGAAUUGUAGUGGUGACGAAGAUAAUUUGUCUGAGUGUACGCUGUUUUCAAGUCCAACGUGUUCAACAGCAGGAGCAGCUUCGUGUCAUGGUGAUGGAUAUAUCGGAUGUUUUGUGUAUAAUGUGGGAUACCCGCCGUUAACCGGCGAAGGCGGAUUCGCCUCUUCAGCGAUAAGUAUUUCCUAUUGCAUCCAGUAUUGUAACGAGUCAACCAGAGCUAACUUUACAUUAGCUGGCCUCGAACAUGGACAGUUAUGUACCUGUGGUGAAGCGAGUGAUAACUAUAGUAGAUAUGGAGUGGGAACAAAUGCUAACUGUCAGACUCCAUGUGCAGGGGACCCUACCGAUAGCUGUGGUGGGGUAGGAUACAUAGCUGUUUUUAGACUUGUCCAGUUAACGCCUCCCCCUACUACGGUUGCUGAUACGAGUCCGACUCAGGCAUCUACUCCUUCUACUUUUCUAUCAUCGGAUCAAUUGGAUGUUAACACUGUUUUCCAGUCAACGCCUCCUCAUACUACGGUUGCUGAUACUUCUUCUACUUUUGCAUCAACAUCCUGUCAAGUGGAUGUUAAAACUGAAAUCGCCAGCACUCUCGCUGUGGGCAUACUACUUGCUUUUGUUACCUUGUAUGGUAUCAUCAUUACAUUGAUGUACCUCCAUCUCAGACGCUCUAAAAUCGCUCUAAAACCGUCAGUCAGUGACAGGGAGGGUCAGGAACUCGAUCCCUACACAUCCUUAGAUGCAACAACUAUGAAGCAACCAGCCUACGAGGACAUCAAAGCAACUAGACACGGAAAUAGAUGCCACACAAAUGCAAUCGAGGGCGUAGAAUAUGGAAAUCAAAGAAUAGUGGAGCAAACAGCUAGAGUGAAGAAAUCAAACUUGGGAGUAGCCGAUGAGAAUACUGAGCCGGAGUACGAGUUGCCGAUUGAAAAGUGAUUCCAUGAAGUAGGACCCAGAACGAGCUUUAAAUACAGUCAAACCUGACGAUUAAGGUCACUCAAAGAAAAUGGUUGCCUGUCUAUAGACAGCUUCUACAACACACUUAGCGUUCUUUAGGGAGACAAGAUGCAUAGCACCAGAGGGAGAGAGGUGGCUAUGAAGACAAGUUUGACUGUAUAGCAUGAGCUCUAUAUACAGUUAUAAACGUAGCGAGUUUGUCAAAAUAUUAUAGGCCGUUACUUGAUAAUCUUUGAUGUUGUUGUUAAUUUUGUCAUUCUUUUUCUAACGAAUAGGAUAUAGGCUGGCUGUGCUAGGCC